CCCGCUCUCUCCCGCCCAGCAGAGGAUAAACAAAGCGGUGUGGAAACAAUUUUGAAAAUAAUUAUUCCGCUUAUGAGUGCAAAAUUAUCCCAAUUAGGUGUUAAACUGUAUGUGGAUAUUAUUGUAAAUAGUUAGUUGUUGGAUUCUGAAUCUAGGAAGCUUUGUCCAAGGGAGUGAGCCACAUCUUGAAAACGAAAUCAUAAGCUACAUCCUACACAAUGUCAAAUUUUGGAUUUGGUACAACGAAUACCGGUGGGUCGACAGCGCCAAGUGGAGGUGGCUUUAGUUUUGGAGGCACAAGCACAGCAGGCACAAGCACUGCGGCGUCUACAGGUUUUAGUUUCGGAGGGACAAGCACUGCGCCGAAGUCGACUGCAGGUUCUACAGGUUUCACUUUUGGAAACGCGGCCACGGCAGGGGCAGCAACAGGAACAGCAGGUGGUUUCAGCUUCGGUGCACCAGCCACAAGUGCCCCCGGAGGAUUUUGCUUUGGCUCCGCUACCAACCCCACCACAAGUGCAUCUCCCUUUGGUGCGACCUUUGGAGCCGCCACACCAGCUACCACAGCAACCACACAAGGGUUUGGCUUUCUGACUAACUUUGGUGGUAGUGGAGGUGGUGGAGGAGGUGCAGGAGGUGGCGGUGGGUUUCCCAAGCCGGCAACCUCCUUUGGGCCAGGAGGCUUUGCAAGCCUUACUAAUACGGUGCCUGGAACGGGCUUCAGCUUCGGCGGCGGCACCAACCCCCCUGCCAAGGCGUUUAACUUCGGAGGCCCUGCGACUUCCAAUGCCUCGGGCGGCUUUGGGCUCCUGGGCUCUGGGUUUGGAGCUAAGCCUGCUACUGGUUUCCCAGCACAGACCUCAGAUGCCACACAGCUUCAGCAGGGUGCUCUAGGGCAGCCCGACCCCUCACUGGCCCUCCACCUGGCCAUCUGCACCCCUUCAUACUUCAACAACGAGAGCGAUGAGGUGCUGCGCAAGUGGAACCAGCUGCAAGCCUUCUGGGGCGCUGGAAAAGGCUAUUACGCCCCAAACAUGCCCCCGGUGGAGUUCACGCCUGAAAACCCUUACUGCCGCUUCAAGGCCGUCUGUUACGCGCGCAUCCCAGACUACCGGAAUGAGGAUGGCCACGUUCAGGUCAACAUUGGGAAGCCGCUGUCGGAAGUGGAGCAGCACAAACAGCAGAUUGUGACGACCCUGACGACACUCUUCAACGGGGCGGAGGUGGUGGUGGAAGCGGCGUUUGCUGCAAAAGGCCCCAAUCAGACCGUCCUUCACAUGCACGUCUUGCAGCCACUUCCAAAUGGUGGGAAACAGAAAGCGCCCUCGUCGGAUGUGUAUCGUCACAUGGCAGCCCCGACCAGUGCAGAAACUGUUAAGAACUUGUGCAUUCAGGAUGUGAUCCCACUAGUGUCGUUGACCGAGAAGCAGAUGAAGGAAUAUCUCGACACCCCACAGAGAGGCAUCGACCCCGCCCUGUGGGAGCAGGCCAAGAGGGCAAACCCUGACCCCAAGAAGUUCUUCCCCGUUGUCAAGGUCGGGUUCCAGGAGCUCCAGAUGCAGUUCAAAGAGCAGGAGCAGCAUGCAGAAAAACUGCAGACCAGCAUGAAGGAGGUCACAGACGCCAUCACGCAGCUCAAGCACAAGCAGGCUAUGGUGAGGGCAGCCAUCCAGAAUGCCAAGUGGAAGCAGGCCAACCUCAUGCGCAGGGUGCUCAAGCUGGUGUCGGCUCAGGAAGUAGAGCGCAAGAGAGGAGUGCCACUUGAUCAGACGGAGGAGCAGAUCCGCAUGCGGCUGGAAGACCUGUAUGUCCAGCUUAUGCAGCCCACGCAGUACAGGGGAUGCCUCAACGAGCUCAUGGCCCAGAUGUCGGUGAAGCCAUCUGGCUUGAAGGGUUGCCCUCGCUACGGCCUGGUGAACGACAAGGAAAAGGACAUCUCGCAGUAUAUCUCUUGGCAGCAAGAAGCACUCAAUGCAGUUGUCACAGUCCUAAAGGAGGACCUACAGAUUGUAGACAGUAUGGGGGAAGAACUACAAAGAAAGUCUUAGGGUGGGAGUUAGAUAAUAAAAAAAAUUUCCUUCGUUUUUGGGGAGUAUAAAAAAAUUUCCCCAUUUGUGUGAGAUGUAUAAAUAUAUUACUAUGUGGCUUUUUAUUACUAUGAAAAUAAUUAAGCUUAUGUGUCAAAAAUACUUCAGACAAGAAAAAAAUAUAUAUUUAAUAAUAAUAAGCUCAAUUUUCCAGUGCAGUUCAAUCUUUAUCAUGAAUGCCAAUGUUUUGAAGACAUUUUUAUGUAUUUAGAAAAAAUAUUUCCAAGAGUAUUUAAACCAUUUCUCGCGGCUGUACUAUUUUGCAAUAAGAAAGGUGAAUGUGAAAUGUUUAUUUAGUUGUCAUGGAUGACUGUUAUUAUUUAUGUCAUACUAUGAGUUAACCAAAUACAGAAAAGCAUUAACAACUCCUGUUUUUUUAUGCAUUUGUUAUCAGAUGGAAAGGAGCACGUGCCACAGUAUAGAAUUGUAGGAUGUUUUAUAAAAAAAAAUUGUUAUCCAUAAUAAAAUGCUUGCAAA